GACAGAGAAAGAGAUUUCAGGUGCAGGAAACGACGCGUACCCUGGCUAGGUGCAGCGUAUCGGGUGAGGCCUCUGGCGGCAUACGCAGGAAAUAGAGCCAUCGGUGGCUAGGACAUGCGUGCGUGCAUUGCUACAUCUCAGAUUACUCCCGGACCUCACGGACCCAUUUUUCAGAGUAUGCACGAUGCCGGAGUAUACGGUGGGGGGGUAACGUGAAGAUCAGAGGGCUAUAUUCAACCGUCUAGGAUCUAGGUAUCCGGAAUGGGCUGUAUUUAUUGGAGUGUAAGCUUGGCCGCUGAGUAUGUUAUUUUUUCCAUUUUGGGACUAAAACAAGGAGGUUCAGUGUCAAAUUGCAGCCCUGUCACUAACGUGUCCCCCGUGUAUGCCUGGGGCGCCAGGGUGACAGCAGCAGAGUCACGAUUGAUCCGCAGAACCUGGUGUGGCUGGUGCAAAGAUAGCUUGAAGCACAGUCCAGAUACAAGAAAGGAACACGAACUAGCGAGGGUGGUGUGUUCUGAUACAAAAAUCUACGAAUUCUAGAACCUCGUUGUCAGGCUUAUGUAAUCUGGGAAGUUAACAGGGCCAUUUGGAGAUUGUACGAAUUAGAUUUUGGGCCAGGCGUGGCUAAAUCCGCGGGCCUUGCCGGUGACCUUGCCGGCGGCCUCACCUCCUGGGGCUGAUUUUUUACUGUCCUUGCACAAAUCAGCUCAAGUGUUCGACGCUGCAUAGUUUUAAACGUUUUGCGCCGUUGGAUAUACGCAUAAGAUAGCAUGUAGUGAACCAGGGGAUUUCUCGGAACGUUCGGGUAUGGUUUAGAAAUUGGCGUGUGGCGCAGACCUAUGCACGGGCCCGAAAAUGUCACACCACUCAC